CCCCUCUUUCCACGUCCAGUAAUCUGACACCCAAAAAGACUCCGAGUAGAAGGAUGGACCCUUAACUCGGGCUGGAAGGAAGGAAGGAGCAGUCAUCCAACGAGCGCAAACGAGAGGGGCCGAGCAGAAGCGAAAAACAACCCCGUGGCUGCGGCAGCUGAGGAGCAGAGCUGGGUGCCUGCGCGUCCGUCCCCCCCACCCCCCCCAAAAAAAGAACUGCCCGACCGAGUCAAAUGAUCUCAAAGCGACAAGUUUCACUUUCCACAGGCGGAUGGGUGACUUUCCACGGCGCUUUGUGAGGAGGAGAUGAUGAAGAAUUUUAGCAGCAGUCCCCUUAACAGCAACAACCAGACUCCCAACCACAUCAGAGAGAGAAACAACAGAAAGUACAGCAGCUUACUCUCUGCGAUACCGCUGCGAUUCUCUUUGCGGGGUUAUGGUUUCUGCAUGGCUACGCUCUUCUUCUUCUGUUUCGGCUCCCUUUUCUAUCAGCUGAACGGAGGACCCCCGAAAAUCCUGCUGGACAUCCGACAGUAUCUCGGUGAGUCCACGUAUCUGGAUGACCACGGACCCCCUGUUCCAAAAGUGCUCCCUUUCCCCAGCCAGGUGGUGUAUAACCGUGUGGGGAAGUGCGGCAGCCGGACGGUGGUCAUCCUGCUGAGGUUACUGGCUGAGAAACAUCAGUUCAACCUGGUCUCCUCAGACAUCCACAAUAAAACACGGCUCACCAAACAUGAACAGGUGGAUCUCAUGAAAAACAUCAGUAAUUCUCCUCAGCCGUUUCUAUAUACGCGGCAUGUUCACUUCCUCAACUUCACCAGAUUUAGGAUAGAGCAGCCAGUCUAUAUCAACAUAAUCCGGGACCCCAUCAACCGGUUCCUCUCCAACUACUUCUUCCGUCGCUUCGGUGACUGGAGGGGCGAGCAGAACCACCUCAUCCGCACGCCGGGGAUGAAGGAUGAUGAGAGAUAUCUGGAUAUCAAUGUGUGCAUUCUAGAGAAUUACCCAGAGUGCUCCAACCCAAGAGUUUUUUACAUCAUCCCUUAUUUCUGUGGACAACAUCCUCAAUGCAGGGAGCCUGGAGUAUGGGCUCUGGAGAGGGCCAAACAGAACGUGCUAGAGAACUACCUUCUUGUGGGAAUCCUGGAGGAGCUGGAGGAUGUUCUCCUCUUGUUGGAGAGGCUCUUACCUCAUUACUUUACUGGAGUACUCAACAUCUACAAGAGCCCUGACUACAGGAAAAUGGGAAACAUGACAGGCACCGUACGUAAACACACGCCCACUCUGGAGGCCCUGCAGGUACUGUACCACCGCAUGCGCUACGAGUACGAGUUCUACAACUUCAUUCGUGACCAGUUCCACCUCAUGAAGAAAAAAAUUGGCCUCAAGUCGUUCUCCCAACCCACCGCCUACUCACCUGCUUUCCUUCGAGAGCUAGCCCUCCGAACCCCGGAGCCUCUGGAUGAAGACGAGGAGCUGGACACAGACUUGGAGGAUGCCAACAGCUGGCUGGUCCAUUCCUAAGGACUUAGUAGAGAAAAAAAGUGGACGUAGCCAAUGAAAUUAAUUGGCUUGGAGUGUCUGGAGAGAGCUGGAGGCGGCCUGUGGGCGAAGAGGGGAGCGUUCCCCCGUCUUUCAGCAUUCCUAGGAAAAGUGAGCGGUGUGAGGCUCAUGAUGCCCGUGUUAACACAGGGUUGUUUGCUUUACAUUUGCAAAAUACUCCUAUCAUGACAGACACAGCUCUGAGGACUAUAGGAUUGAGUAAUUGGAAGGACAUAAUGUUCUAUUCAAAAACAAUAACAAGGACUAUGGCAAAUAAUGCUUAACUCAAUAUCCUUGAUCAAGUUUGGAUUCAAUUUGAGCUUGUUUUUUGGGUUCCUUUAAUAAAACAAAAUAAACAUUGUUGCUGUAAUCUCCAGGAGAGAUUAGUGCGACAUUUGGAUUAUGUUGGGAAAUAUUCUAAGUUGGUUGCUGUAGGAGAGGACUUCUGAGACAUUGUCCAAGACAGAGGAUAAUUUUAUGAGAGGCUGAGUGGUCUAAAAGCUGGAAUGGGAACUGGUACUGUAUCCACAAGUAAAGACAUACCAAAACCCUUUUUUGUAUAUUAGUUGUCUAGGACUGUUGGAAGUGCCAAAUCUCGAUCGGAGUUCCAGCAACUGUCAGGAUCCUCUGCCAGUUGUUAUAGUUUAUAUCAUUUGUCUAAUUUGUAAGAUAUUCAUAGGUAUAAAUGAGGGUUAAACGGUAAGCACUCAAUUAUGAAUUCAAAGAAUUCCAACAAUGUGUGCAUGAAUGAAUCAAGUUUGACCAAACCAACAGUGUAUUUUAGUAUUGAUUUAUUACAUAAAAAAAUUAAAAAUAGGCUGUUUUUAAGGUCAAACACCUAAAAGAAAAAGCAUUCAUGAUGCGUCAUUCGUUUAACCCAAAGAUGAAAAGUUUGCCAAAUAUCAGUGUUUCUACUGCAAUGCACUUUUCUGUGGUGACUUUGUAAAAUUCAGCAGCCAAAUGGUCACGAAACUGGAUACUAAUUUGCCUUAAAGUAAAAAAAAAAGAAAAAAAAAAAAGGAUUGUCUUACUGUUGAAGAGUUUGUUUCUGUGAUGCCAGUCCUAGCUAACAUGUUGCUUUUUCUCCAGCAGCUAUUUAGUGUGCAUCUUUUUUAUUCACUCAUGUAAAACCAUCCAGAGAGCAGUAACCAUAAGCUACGAGUGCAUCAUCUUAAUAUAUCACUCUACCAUCCAAAUCUCUUUUCAUUGUACUGGUUUGUUUUCAGUGUUUCCUUUUUUUGUUGCCAGUUGUAUUUAUUAUUUUGUAUUCAUUUGCAUUCCGGUUAAGAUUCUCAGGAAGGAAAACAACAAUGUUUAUUAACUUGAUCAUUUGUAUCUUUGGUUUCUGGCGGCUAUGGAACUAUUUUUUUGCCAUUUGAAGGGUGUCUGGAAAGAGUUUAUAUCAACAGCUGAAAACUGGUUAACAAUAAUUAAUGCAGUACAUCAUUUUACCGUCUCCAAAAUAAAUGUCCUCAUACUA